AAAUGGCGAGCAGACAAAUACAGAAUACGUACAUAACCUUUUUGUACAAAAAUUAUCAAUAAUUAUUUUUCAAAACUUCGUGUUUAUGAAUUAAAUGAAAGUCAAGAAGAAGGAAAAAAUCAAGAGGAAACAGGAAACCAUCAAGAACAGAGAAUGGGAGCGGGAACGACGUGGCAAGCUGAAUGUGGCGUUUUGCCAGCUGGAUCAGUUGUUGCCAGACUACGACCCGAGUCGGGUCAGGAGCAAGCUGGCCAUCCUCAUGGCUGCCGUGGGCCACAUCACGCACCUCCAUCAGCUGAUGCACACCCUGUCAGCUGGCAAGGGAGGCGCUACCGAACGGGACACUGUCUUCGCUUCAGAGUUGGCACGCCUGCACGACCGCAUAGACACACUGCGGCGACGUUGCCAACAGUUGGCACAACUGCUGCAAAUGGCCGACAUCCCUGUGCCGGCGCCAAGCAACGACAAACUGGCAACACUCCCAACCGGUGGCAAACUGGCAACGUCGCAGCCGCACAUCAAGUGGAACGGCAACAUUGCACACAAAACCGUUCAGCAGCGAAUCAUCAAUAGUCGCAAAGACAAAGCCGAGAAGAAAGAGAACAACCAACUGCUAGAGGUUGGCAGCACUGUAGCUAGCAAAAACCCCCCAAAUUCGAAAACAUCAAGCAUAACUGAAGUGUCAGAAGAUGUGGAACAACCUUCAACCCCAUCCGAUAGCCCUGAAUUGUCCCCUAUAAAAAAAGUGGUCGACCUCUGCAAUACACCUCUAAGGGAACUCACCGGGUUUACCCUGAACAGUGCCUGUGUUUUGGCUUCCUCCUCUACCUCUCCUCCACCUCAUACUCAUCCCUCUUCUUCUCCCUCCUCCUCAAUUUCGUCACCCUCUUCCAGCCUUUCAUCCAAUUCUCCUCUGUGCCCUGGAGAAAUUCUGGAAACUCCAGUUGCCAAGAAUGAUGGUCAGUGUUUGGUGGGAGAUGCAGCAAUUGGGGAACCAGGAGAGAUGACGUCAUAUGUUGCUAAUGAAACCAGUGAUGUGACGUCAUCAAGGAAUGUAGUUGCUAUGGAAACAAAUGAUAUGAUGUCAUCAAGAAAUAUGGUUGCUAUGGAAACCAGUGAUAUGACGUCAUCAAGGAAUGUUGUUGCUAUGGAAACGAAAGAAAUGACGUCAUCAAGGGAUGUGGUUGCUAUGGAAACUAAUGAUAUGAUGUCAUCAAGGAAUGUAGUUGCUAUGGAAACCAGUGAUAUGACGUCAUCAAGGAAUGUAGUUGCUGUGGAAACCAGUGAUAUGACGUCAUCAAGGAAUGUUGUUGCUAUGGAAACCAAGGAUAUGAUGUCAUCGAGUACUGAGAAUGGUCAAGAUCCUAGCAAAUACCCAAUUGGUUUGGAUUCAGGUGGAGGUGGAAAAGUUUGUGACCAAUUAGCAACAACUUCCCAAUCAGUAACUGGAAAUGAAGAUUCAUCAGAAGUAACAGAUAAUCCUAAAUCAUUAGUAGCAGUUACUCCAGGAACGGUAGCAGAUACUAGAACAACAGUAGCAGUUACUCCAUCAACGGCAGCAGUUACUUCAACAUCAAUCUCAUCUACAUCUAGUUUGGAGGCUGCAUCAAAAUCAAUUGAAGUUCCCCUUCAACCUAAUUCCAGUCAGAGUAAUCCAGCAGUAGCAGUUACUACACCAAAAGUAGCAGCUACUCCAUCUUCAUCUGGUUUGGCAACAUCAAAUUCAGUAGAAGUUCCAACUCAACCUAAUUCCUCUUCUGGUAAUUCAACUGUGACAGAAGUUCAAAACAAGGAAACCUCAAGGGCUAAAAGUGAUAAUUCUCAAGGUAAACCAGCAACCAGUGCUGGUAACAGUUCUAUUCCAAAACCAGUUACUGCUAAAACUGUAACAGUUACCACAGCAGGCAACAGUUCCAAUCCAAUACCAGCAACAACAAAACCGGUGACUGUUACCACAACAGGCAACACUCCCAACCAAAUACCAGUUACUGGAACAGUGCAUGUUGUGAAUCCCUACCCGAGUAUCAUGCCAGUAACUGUGACAAACUUUGGCGCUCCAACUGUGAAUCAGUCAAUCAUGAUUGUCCUGCCUGAUGGGCGAGUAGUAACCGUUCCUCAGCAACAGCCACAGUACGUUAUCAAUCAAUCAGUUCCCCACAUGAUCAAUCAAUCGGUUCCUCAAAUCAUCAACCAUCAAUCGCCUACAACUAUUGUGAUUGGAAACAGUGCGCCAGUGAUUGAGCCAAUUGUGUUCAAAGCAGCCGACAGAAUGGCUGUGAACAGGGCUUUUGAAGCAGAUGGGACCACUGUGAAUCGGGCUGGGAAAAAAGGGCAGCAGAAGAGGGUUCUGCUGUCAAAAUGUGCCAACAAAGUCCCGAUACCUCUGGUGGGUACACAGUUUGUGGUGAGAAGGACAGUGGAGAUGCAGGUGAAAGCGAGUAGAGUGGUUGAGAAGCGUCAGAGGAGCAGAAAAGUGAAGAAAACUGUGGUUUCUGCAGAAUCCGCAAAAGUGAAAGAUGUUACCAAGGUGGCUGAAUUUGUUGAAGUCCCAAAAACAACACAAGUAGAGAAUGCAAAGGUUGAUAGAGUUGAAGAAGGUUUGAAACCCAGUGAUGGUAAGAAUACAACAAAUAUCUGUAGAAAUAAAAGUGUGAUGAACAAGGUUGGAAUGGGUGAACAAGAGACAAACAAAGAUAAAUCGGUUGUAAAAUCUAAUGGAAGAAUAGAACAGGAUAAUGGGAAAAAGACAGAGAUCUCCAGGAAUGAAAGUGUAUUAGACAAGGAUGGAAUGAAUAGAAAAAUGAACAAUGAUCAAACACAGUCAUUGGAAAAAUCUGUUGUGAAUAAUACUUCUUCAGUUGGAGCAUUGGGGAACAACAAUAAUUCCACAAGUCAAAGAUUGGAAAACAAAAGUUCUCCAACUAAAGUAUUGGGAGGCAACACCUCUUCAACUGAAGUAUUGGAAAACAAUACUUCCACAACUAAAGUCUUAGAAAGUUUGAGAGGACCUGAAGCAUUGUCUGCUAACCCUGAUAACAUGAUAACUGCUCGAACUGAAACACCAGGGGAUUCAAUCGAACUGACAGAUCAAGACCUGGAUAUGACAACUUUGACUGAUACAGGAACUGGUGUGGAAGGAUCAACAUCAGACAAAACAUCUUCAGUUAGGAUUGAAGAAGGGGAAAGUUCAAAAGCUAUCAAAGAAAUGGAUGAUUCAUCAAGGAAUUUGAAGCUGGCAUCAGGUUUCAAAACUGUUCAAGGGAAAUCAGAAGAUGGUGGUUGUAAUUCAGUGGUAGUGAGCAGCUCGACAAAGUUGAUUGACAAAAAUUGUAGUGUUGAGGUAUCGAUUGGCGAUAAGAAAAAACAAGAGGUUGUAGAUUCUGUAAAGAAAGUCCAGGAAGAUAAAGCCUGCAGUAGUAUGAAGGUAGUGGUCAGUGAUAGCAGGAAGCAAAAGGUUGUUGAAGAUUUUGAAAAGGGAAAUGAGAAUCAGAACCAAAGUCUGGUCGCAGAACAAGGAACACAUCCAGAUGUGAACAAACAUGAUAAUGUGUUGAAUGUUGGGAACAAUGAUGAUGAUGAUUGUAAUGACCAUUUUGGGUUGGAUACAAUGUCUGAUGAUAAUGAUGAUACUGAAAAUGAUGGGCCAAUUCCUAGUUUAUUAGUGGAUAUGCCACAAAUAAAAAGACCAGCUGAUGGUUCAGUAAUGCCACCUGCAAAGAAGUUGAAAACAUUGGACCAACAAAAUCUAUCUGAUGCUCCUGAUAAGGAUUCCAUGCAUGGACAUGUAUUUCAUCAAGAUAAUAAUUCUAUCAUGGCUUCUGUAGAAGGUCCAGUCAACAACAACAUAGAAGAUGUACAGAUGAUCACAGGUUCUACAGAUAUCCCUCACCAAGAAACUCCGGAUCCUUCAUGUUCUCAAGUUGAAAUUCGAAGGCAAUCAAACACAAAUAUUGGCCAAAAGUUGGAAUUGCCCACUAAUAGAAAUUGUUCUUCAAACUAUGGUGUGGAGAAAACAGUGAUGUACCCAAAUGAGAACAAAGAUUGUCCAGUUGUUAACCAGCAACAAGGAAUUGCAUCAUCGGUUUCUAAUCCAGUUGAAAUGAAACUAGUUGGCAAACGUUGUGAAGAAACAGUUGAAUCAACUGUUCUGGGUAUUGGGAACACAUUAAAGAACCCUGUCAAUCAUCAACCACAUCUAGAAAAUGUUGCCAAAAAUAAAGAAACAUUAUCGGACAAGUGUUACACUGGGAACUUGGUUGGCCAAAAUAUUACAGAUAACCAGACUCAGUUACAGAAAACUAAUACAUCUGCAAGUAUGUUGCUUUUACCAGAAGCUGCUUCAGAUAAAUUACCAGACAGUUACCAAACUGGGAAUGUGAGUGAAAACAAUACUGUGUUGGAUGUUCAAAAUUCCAGAAUGGAACAUUAUUUGGGUAGCAUAAACCAGAAGGGAUCUCAGCUACUUGGUUUCCCUGAUAACUCAAGUCAUAGAGAUGCUAUCAAAGACAUUACACCUACAUCAUACCCUUACAUUUCCUCAGUAAAUCCCACCAAUGAUAAUCUAGCAUUGCAAAAAGUGUCAAACUUCAAUAUAUCUUCCACAAUCAAUACAAAUAUGUCAUACCUGUCCAUGACAACAAAUAGUGCUAGAGAAACUGUUCAAAGUAAAAAUACUGAAGAUGAUUUUGGUAGAAAUCCAAGCUUCUCAGAAAAUGGUAUGAUCCCAUCACACGUUGUGAACAAAGUGAGUGGGAGACUUGAAGAAAACAGCACAGUAGCAAAAGAAACUGCAGUAAAGAUGCAAACAAGUAAUCAAAAUGUGAAAAAGAAUGGUGAUAGUUUUGUGGAACAACAUUGAAUC